AAACAUAGAAGUCAAGAUGCGGGUCGUGGCGAUGGUCAGCGGCGGCAAGGACAGUUGCUACAACAUGAUGCAGUGCGUCGCCGAGGGCCACGAGAUUGUUGCCUUGGCCAAUCUCCAUCCCAAGGAUAGAGAUGAACUGGACAGCUUUAUGUACCAGACAGUGGGCCACAUGGGCAUCGAGAUACUGGCCAAUGCGAUGGGAUUGCCGCUAUAUCGUCGCGAGACCAAGGGCAAGAGCACCCAGACCGGCAAGCAGUACGUGCCCACGGACGAUGACGAGGUCGAGGAUCUAUAUAGUCUGCUGGAGACAUGCAAGAAUGAACUACAGGUCGAGGCUGUGGCCGUGGGCGCCAUCCUUUCGGACUACCAACGUGUCCGGGUGGAGAACGUCUGCAGUCGCCUCAGCCUGAUAUCCCUGGCCUACUUGUGGAGGAGAGAUCAGACUGAACUGCUGCAGGAGAUGAUUGACUGCCAGGUGCACGCCAUCAUCAUUAAGGUGGCCGCCCUGGGUCUUGUGCCGGACCGGCACCUGGGCAAGUCCCUCCGCGAGAUGCAGCCCCACCUGCUGAAGAUGCGCGACAAGUACGGGCUGAAUGUGUGCGGCGAGGGGGGGGAGUACGAGACCUUCACCCUGGACUGCCCGCUCUUCCGCCAGCGCAUCGUCGUCGAGGACAUACAGACGAUCAUCUCGAGCGCUGAUCCCAUCUGCCCGGUGGGCUAUAUCAACUUCACCAAGCUGACGCUCCAGCCGAAGGAGGCGGCGGUGGGCGUGGCCGUGAGCGGCAGUGGCAUCGGCAGCGAAGGUGUCUUUGUGAAGCGUUCCCUGGACUAUAUAAGCGAUCUGAACGAGUCCACGUACAGUGAUCUGAGCGAUCCGGACUUUAGUGAGACGGAGCUGGAGCUCAUUGAGAAGGAGAACCGUUUGCGAGAGUCGCUCAGCCAGAGCGAACUGAUCUCGCGCAGCAACUCGUUUGGGCGCCAUCUGGCCGCCUCGGCUUCCGCUUCCGUUACGGCCAGCGCUUCCGCCUCAGCCACCGCCACCGCCUCCUCGCCGAUACCCAUUGUCACGAAGAGCGCCAGCGUCGACGAGCCCACGACGGCGAUCACGGCAGCGGUGGGUGUAUGCUCCCCGGCCAGUGCCUCCGCCUCCGCCUGUGCCAGCACCUGCGCCUCUAUGCUGCUGACCACCGGGGAUGUCAGCAGCACUGCCGCCGUCUGUGGCUCGCUGUCGCUGGCCAUCUCCUCGCUUGGGCUAAGCGCCAAUACCUGCUGUCAGGUAGCUGGAGGAGUUGGCCCAGGAGCCACCCAGCCGCCGAGUCCAUUGAAGUACGAGCGGGAAUUCCGUCCACUGGCUAACGAGGCCAGAGCGGCGAUCAAUGCCAAGGGCUGGAUGUGGCUGGCGGGCAUACAGGGCUGUGGACCAGAUGGCAUGGAGCAGGGAAUGCAACAGGCCCUGGACACUCUAGGGGAUCUGUGCCACGGCAAGGGGUACGAGCUGCAGGAUCUGUGCUAUAUAACGCUCUAUGUGCGCUCCAUUGCCGAGUAUCCGGCUCUGAAUCGGAUCUACCUGCGCGCCUUUGACUUCCAUAAUCCCCCGACUCGCGUCUGCGUCGAGUGCCCGCUGCCCGACGGCUGCCAUGUGGUGAUGGAGGCCAUUGCCUACCGCCAGGCCAUCGCCGGCUCGAUAUCCAGUGCCGAGGAGCGUGAUCGCGAGAGCGAGGAGACAGCGGCGGCGUUGCUGAACGGACGCCGCAACACCAUGCAUGUCCAGGGCAUCUCCCACUGGGCACCUGCCAAUAUCGGACCCUACAGCCAGUCGACCAGGAUCGGUGACAUCACCUAUAUCUCUGGCCAGAUCGCUUUGGUGCCCGGCAGCAUGACAAUCAUCGAGGGCGGCAUCCGUCCCCAGUGCAAGCUCACCUUGCGCCACAUCAGUCGCAUUGCCAAGGCGAUGAAUGCCCACGGGCAGCUAAGGGACGUCGUCCACGGCAUCUGUUUCGUCACCCAUCCGGCCUUCAUCGGAGAGGCACGUCGUCAGUGGGAACGGCGCACUACUAACGCCAUCAUGGACUACAUUGUGCUGCCGGCACUGCCCCGGGAGGCGCUCGUCGAGUGGCAGGUGUGGGCCCACACCCACAACGAUCGUUUCGACUAUGAGGAGACGGGCUGUUCGGUGGGCGAUUAUACCAUUUCGAUCCGACGUCGCUGGAACUAUGAAAACAAUUGCGCUGCUAUCGUUUGCUAUGUGUCCACCGGCCUGGCCUCGUCCACCACCCAGCUGACGCAGCUGAGCGACGACAUCCUCGGCAAUCACUGCCGCUUGGCGCAGUCUGUCAGCGCCGAGCACAUGGACGAGAUACUCACAUACGUGGUGAAUCGUCUGCUAAAGGACUAUCCGCUGGCCAAGAAGCCAUCGGUCAAUACAACCACACCGCCGGCCACGCCUCUGCCGACGCCAGGCGGUGCUGGCGGGGAUCAGCAUCAGCCACUGCCGGCCAUUCAUCUGAAGCUCUUCUACCAGGUGAAUGCUGCACCGGCGGCGGAACUAUUGUUGCAGGCUCUGCACGAUUUCCGUAUCAAGUGCCAGGAUACUGCCUCCAUUGUCUAUACGGUCCUGCCCGCCUGCAGCCUGCACAACUUCAGUACGUUCCUGUCCAUAUGCGGUGUUAGGCAUGAGUAGGAGGAGCUCUGAAGACUAG